UGUAGUUAAGGAGAAACUUGAAUUUUAAUUGAAUUUUGAAAUAGUUUCCCUCAGAUAAAUAAUACUUUGCUAGUCAACUUUAUCUUGUUUCAUGGCAUGUUCCAAUCAGUAAAUGCGGAGAGUUAUUUGUAUGUUAAGCUUAAAAGAUCUGAGUUAUUCAGUUCGUAACUUCGGAUAAUUACACGAACCCUAGACCUCAAAAACCAGCUCCAGUCGGACCCCCAUGAUACUUAUCAUAAAUAAUUCUUAUGCAAAUGGUGCCAAGAUGUUGCUAGUCCGUAAAUGGGGAACUUGAAUAGACGUUCAGGUAGUCGCCUGCAUUCUGGUAAUUACUUUUGCCACGUGCGAGGGCAGCUGUUGCACGCACCUAUGCUGUUUUACUACUUCUGAGUGUGUAUCUGUAUCUGUAUCUGAGGAGGCGCCCCUCACACACAUGACUGCAGAUACAUAUCUCUUGCUUAUAUGCGAAGGGGAUCUAUGUGGCGUAUAUAUAUGACAACUGGCAGCGGAAAUAAUAUGGGGGAGAGAGCAGGGUGCAGGAUGCGGUGAGACAACUCCCCUAAUCAAAUAAUGCCAGUCGCACUCAGGACUCAGGAUUCAGGAUCUAUCUUUGCGGCUGUUUCUGUGCUGUUCAGUUUAGUUGAGUUUACUUGAGUUUCUGUUCCUGCAUUUGUACCUUGGCUGUGUCACAACAAAGGACGAGACAGGAUCCUCGCAAACAGCUGACAGCUGUGUGCCUGCCGUCUCUGUCUGUUAUCCUUGUGCGCUGUCAUUGCCCCUGCCUUUGAGUAUCUGCAUCCGAGUAUCCUUCGCAUCCUGUGCAGAAACCCCGCACUCUUGUCGCGUGUCGUCUGCCGGCGUUUAAGUUUAUAUGGCUCUUAAAUUUUCCCACCGGCCAGCUGUUGGUACCUCCAAUUUCUGGCUAAUCCGCUUGACAAAUGCCCCUGACUGCGCUGAUUUGCUUCUGGCCAAAAGGCAAUUAAGUUGGCCACCACAAAAGGACAACACGCGUGUACAUAUGUAUGCACGUGGGAGGCGAGAUCCGGACAAAGUUGGCCCACGAACUCUGCGUUUUUCUACGUUUUCCUCUGGCAACCAAAUGUAACGGUCGCUUGGUCUGGACAAACAUCAGAGCCGAGCAAGUAUUAUUUUCAAGAAGCAGGCUCGACUGAAGGGUACCCCUUAAAAUACAUAAGCGAUUUUAAAGGUCACAAAUCUAAGUGAAAUAUUUUAAAUUCUUAAAUUCUUUUGUUUAAUUUUUUUUCUGAAUGAAGCUAAGCUCUACUUUAUGAGUUGACGCUUUUACGUCAGAAAUAUGUGCAUAUUAAACUAAACUGUUUUGUGAAAGCAGCAUUAAAAGUUUGUUUUAAUGGUGCCGAUAUACGGAUGCUAACCAUAUAUAAUAACAGCACGAUAUGUUUUCAACAAACAAUAAACUAUUUUGAAUAUUUCGGGAGAGAAACAAAGCAGCGACGAACAAAAGGAACAAAAACAACUAGUUCUUAUAUGGUUAUAAUAAAGAAAAAACACUUUUAUGAUAGUUAAAUUAUGUCGAAUUCUCGGUGGUGACAGUGUGCUGAUAUGAUCUGCUCUACACUGGUUAUGUUCGACUAUAAUCCUAUGCGGAUUUAAAACACAUUCAUCAUACCCCUCAACUGGCCAGCUAAGUGGUACCAAAACAGAAUUAAAGUCGCGAGGGAGCGCAUAUGAGUUGGUAAAUAAGAAUUAAAAACGCCGAUAAAGCGAACCGAAUGGAACGCCGGCUGCUCCUGCAAUUCGCCAGGGGUUUUUAGGUUUUGGUUAGGACCGCGUUGAGACGUCUCAGUUGGAAGUGAAAUGCGUUUCAACCCCCGUUCGUUCGUCGAGCAGCAGGAGCAGAUGUUUCUGGCUUUUCACAUUCGGUUCCUCUGGCCUAAUGGAACGCGCCAAACACAGUCGGUCAUUGUACGGGUGUACGGGUGUCUUAUGUACAAGUAAAUAGUGUUUUAUGGGGUGGGGCCUCGUAUCGGAGCACGAUCCACUCGACUGCGCGCCGGCGCAUGAAGUGGAGGAAGUUGAGGAGCUGCCGGCUGGAACGGCUCUCCAGAUCAGUCGAGUCGCAGUUGCCGAGGCGAGCGGAUCGUGAACAGUGCUACGAACCCAAAGAAAACCCAAAGUAGUGAAAGAACACCCCUAAGAGGUUGUGGAAUUGCCACCAGUACAGUGCCAACAUGUCGCAGCAUAACUAUACGAACCCGGCCUUCUGCCAGAACAGCGAGUUUUACCCGGUGCCCAGCGGCAACUCGUCGCGAGUGGAGUCCAUCUACAACAGAAGCCUCCAGAUGAACUUUGGAGCGGCUCCUCCGCGCGCCACUCGAGAUCCCCGCGAGGGUCCCCUCCGAAUGCAGCGUAGCAUGUCCACGCGAUCGGUGACGCGGAAACAACACCAGCAGCAGCAGCAGCAACAGCAGAUACAUCAGCAACACCAGCAACACCUGGCUCAGCAGCAGCAACACCAGCCGCAAUCCUCUAGUGGUCGCUAUGCCUUGGUUCCCCUAGAGGAACUGAACAGCAGUAGGGCCAGUAGAUACGCCAUAGUUCCAGGACAGGCGGCCCAGAGGUUGGCCAGAUCACAGGAUAAUCUGGAUCGCUAUGGCUCCAGACAUGGAUUGCACGAAGAGGAGGAGCCGCACUCCUUCCACGAGGAACCCCAUCAGGAGACCCAGUUUGCCAGCUUGCCACCGAUACUUAAUCUGCCGCCCAAGCCCAGGAAUAUUAACAACAACACCAAUCCCAAUCAAACCCAGAUUAAGCACGCUUUUAGUAGCGACUUCGGCAGCAAGACCUUCUUGAUAGUGGAUAAGAAUAGCAACCAGAGAUACCAGAUGGUGCCCACUGCCGAGGACGAGGAGCUGGUGGACGAGAACCAGGAGAUCAUACAGAUGCACAAUGGCCGCGCCCAUCGAUAUGCAGUGGUGCCCACCGAUGCGGAUGACGAUGAUCUGGCGGAGGAGCAGGAGCAGCAGGAAACCUGCCUGAGCAACAUGGAAUUGAGCAGGCAGUACGCUGCGAGAACCUCAACGCCGCAGCAAAAGAAUGCAGCUGCCGCCACGAGGGCCUUGCAUGAGCUCCUGACCACGCCCAGGAAGAUGCAGCCGCCUCCGCGAUUGGCGCACUCCACGCCCCGGAACGCCGCGCACCACGAGCAGCUGCAGAUGGAAAGGCGGUUGGAGAUCUACAAAAGCCAACAGAUCUACCAAAGCCAACAGGUUGGAGCAGUAGUAGGAGUCCCUCCAACAUUGCCCAUUCGCCAGAACCGACUCUCUCCCCAGAGACUCCACUACGAGACCGUGAAGCCGCUGCCCAUGCAGAUUGCAGAUCGAUCAAUGGCCGUCAUCAGUCCACGGGUCCAGGAGCAGGGGCAGGAGCAGGAACGGGAACAGGACAUGAGCAGCAUCCAGGGAAAGGGCAAGAAAAACAGUUCCUAUCCGCAGAAAAUGGCCAAUGCCACUAUUACCUUGGCCGUGGUCUCCCUGAUGCUCGUCUUGGGCAGCACCAUGAAUGCGGGGCUCAUCAUCUACAUGAUAGCACACCUCGGAAAGUCCUUUUACCUGCAGUUUAGCCUGGUGGCCUCCUUCUCCGGAAUGGGACUCGGCUUCCUGGGAUUCAAGUCGCGACACUGCGAGUGGCUGCCUAACAGGAGCUAUAGCUCCGGCUAUAUCCUGGUCACCGUAUUUUGCCUAUUCAAGUCCUGCGGAUUGCUAGUGAUUCUCGUGGUGGAUCCCUUCCCCGGAUUUCCUGUCCAUGAUGUGACCACUGGCGUCAUCCUGGGACUGUCGACCUUCACCAUGUUCUUCAUCGGAUUGGGAGUGCUGGGCAGCUUGUGGUGCCACCGACCUCCACCGGACAACCGCGUCAACGUGGUCUAAUACCCUGGAAAUAUUUAAUCCUAGACUCUAAUUAGUUGUACACCAUCCACUUCGACUUCAAGAACUUGACACACCGAACGGCUAAAAGACCAAAAACAAGAACUAGAUUUAUAAUCAGCGGAAGAUCAUCAUCCCCCAAACGACUGUAUAUAACAAGUGGGUUGUACCUAUUGCUAACUCUUAGUUUGUUUAACUUAUUGUUCACCUUAAUGUAAGCAUGUUACGGAAUAAGAAUAAAAUAAAGGCACGUAGUUACCAGUA